AUGCAGGACCUGCAGAGCCCCAAAGAAGGUGUCACAGCCCUGGCUGGGGGAGCUCCUAGGUCUGUGUUCCCUGAAGGGACACAGCUCUUCUCUCCUUCUCUCUUGUCUUCUUCUUGCCUGCAAUUUGGCAAGCAAGGAGCGCGUUUCAGCCCUGUUUAUGUUACACCUCUUUCAGCCCUGCUAGUUGGCAGGUCCCGAGUUCUUGUCCUGAGUCCAGGAAAAAUGAGGCAGGUCAUCCCAACGUCUGUUCAGCUCUCAGCAGCUGAGAGGAGACGCAUGGUGGGUAGCUGUGCCCAUAGUGCCCAGGCCGUUCGAGCUGAGGAGGGCCUUCCGGCCACUGCUGAGCCACACUUAGCCCCACCUCAGCCUCCCUCCUGUGCUUGCCAGUGCCCAAAGUCUGGAGGGGCCGAGGUGGCAGGGGGCUGGCAUGUCAGCACUGCCCUGAGCUUGCACAAACCGGGCCGGGUUGCGACUGUGCCCGGGUUUGGCCUCAACUUGGAUCCGAAGUUGGAGUGGGCUCUGGGAGCGGAGAGACGCCAGGUGGUGGGACCAGACACUGGACAAGGCGGUGUGGGUUGGCUGCUUCAUGAUGUCCCUGGUCUCAUCUGGAAGGACUCUAGUGGCUGGGGACGUGAAGCAGGCACCCAGAAGGACUCUAGUGGCUGGGGACAUGGAGCAGGCACCGAGCCCUCUCUUUGUGGCCAGCACGGACUUCCUCCCAGUCUGGCAGUGUCAGGUAGUCAGCAGGAAUGUUCUGGAAUCCUAUGUGAGAGCAAACAUUCAGACCACAGCAGGAGUCUUCUGGAACGCUAUGUCAGGGACAAACAUUCAGACACUCGCAGGAGGCUUCUGGAAUCCUACGUGAGGGACAAAUAUUCAGACAACAGCAGCAGUGUUCUGGAAUCCUUUGUGGGGGAAAAACAUUCAGAGUCUUGUAGUGUUGUGGAAUCCUAUGCGACGGACAGACAUUUAGACCACAGCAGCAGUGUUCUGGAAUCCCACGUGAGAGACAAACAUUCAGACCCGAACAGGAGUGUUCCGGAAUCCCAUGUGAUGGACAAACAUUCAGACCUUCGUAGCAGUGUUCUGGAAUCCUGUGUGUGGGACAAACAUUCAGACCCUCGUAGCAGUGUUCUGGAAUCCUAUGUGAGGGAGAAACUUUCAGACCACGGCAGCAGUGUUCUGGAAUGCUACAUGAAGGACAAACAUCCUGACCCUCCUAGCAGUGUUCUGCAAUCCUACAUGAGGGACAGACAUUUAGACCCUCGCAGCUGUGUUCUGGAGUCCUAUGGGAGGGACAAACAUUCAGACCCUCGCAGCAGUGCUCUGAAAUCCUUUGUGAGGGAGAGACAUUCAGACCCUCAUAGCGGUGUUCUGGAAUGCUGUAUGACAGACAAACAUUCAGACCCUGGUAUCAGCGUUCUGCCAUCCUAUAUCAGGGACAUACAUACCCCAGCCAGUGUUCUGGAAUCCUAUGUGACAGACAAACAUACAAACAACAACAAGAUUGUUCUGGAGUCCUAUGUGAGGGACAAAUAUUUAGACCCUCGUAGCCGUGUUCUGGAAUCCUAUGUCAAGGACCAACAUUCAGACCCUCUAAGCAGUGUUCUGGAGUGUUAUGAGACAGACAAGCAUUCAGCCCCUUGUAGCAGUGUUCUGGAAUCCUAUGUCAGGGAUAUUCAGACCACAGCAGAAAUGUUCUGGAAUCCUAUGAAAAAUGUGCCAUUACAGGGGUUGAUAUCUUUUGAAGAUGUGGCUGUGCACUUCACCUGGGAGGAGUGGCAGGACCUGGAUGACGCUCAGAGGAACUUGUACAGGGACAUGAUGUUGGAGACCUACAGCAGCCUGAUAUCAUUGGGGCAUUGCAUUACCAAACCUGAGAUGAUCUUCAAGCUAGAGCAAGGAGCAGAGCCAUGGAUAGUAGAAGAAGCCCCAAACCUGAGACUUUCAGCUGUCCAGAUCAUUGAUGACCUUAUUGAAAGGAGCCAUGAAAGUCAUGAUGGAUUUUUCUGGCAAAUCGUAAUCACCAACAGCAACAAAUCAACUCAGGAGAGAGUGGAAUUAGGAAAAACAUUUAAUUUGAACUCAAACCAUGUUUUAAAUAUGAUUAUAAAUAAUGGAAACAGUUCAGCAAUGAAGCCUGGGCAGUUUAACGUUUGCCAGAACGUGCUUUUCCCUAUUAAGCCUUGUGAGACACAGUCUGGAGAGAAACCUCAUGUCCCUGAUAUAACCAGGAAAUCCCACAGAUAUCAUGAGCAUCUUACUCAGCAUCACAAGAUUCAAACUCUGCUGCAGGUUUUUCAAUGUAAUGAACAAGGGAAAACCUUCAACACAGAGGCAAUGUUCUUUAUACAUAAGAAGGUUCAUAUAGGACAGACCUUUGGUAAAUAUAAUGAAUAUGAGAAAGUCUGUAAUAACUUAGCUGUUAUUAUCCAAGGGAUAACUCAGGUAGGACAGCCAACUUGCUGUAGAAAGUCUGACUUCACUAAACAUCAGCAAACACACACAGGAGAGAAACCCUAUGAAUGUAUUGAAUGUGAGAAACUCUCCAUUAGCAAAUCAGACCUUAUGAUACAGCACAAGAUGCCUACUGAGGAAAAACCUUAUACCUGUAACUGGUGUGAAAAAUUGUUCAGCUAUAAGUCCAGCCUCACUAUCCAUCAGAGAAUUCACAUGGGAAAGCCCCAUGGAUGCAAUGAAUGUGGAAAAACCUUUCACUGUAAGUCAUUCCUCACUUUACAUCAGAGAACUCACACAGGGGAUAAACCCUACAAAUGUAUUGAAUGUGGAAAAACUUUUCACCGUAAGUCACUUCUCACUUUACAACACAGAACUCACUCAGGGGAAAAGCCCUAUCAGUGCAGUGAACAUGGAAAAACCUUUAGCCAGAAGUCAUACCUCACAAUACAUCAUAGAACUCACACCAGGGAAAAGCCCUAUGCAUGUGACCAAUGAGAAAAUGCAUUUAGCCAUAAGUCAAGGCUUACUGUCCAUCAGAGAACACACACAGGGGAAAAACCCUAUGAAUGUAAUGAGUGUGGAAAACCCUUUAUCAAUAAGUCGAAACUCAGGAUACAUCAGAGAACUCACACAGGGGAAAAACCCUAUGAUUGCAAUGAAUGUGGGAAAACCUUUCACCGUAGGUCGUUCCUCACUGUUCAUCAAAGGACUCACACGGGAAAACCCUAUGAAUGCAAUGAAUGUGGGAAAACCUUUCCCCGUAAGUCAUUCCUCACUGUCCAGCAGAGAACUCAUACUGGGGAAAAACCAUAUGCAUGUAACAAAUGUGGAAAAACAUAUAGCCACAAGUCAUAACUUACAGUACAUCACAGAACUCACACAGGGGAAAAACCUUAUGAAUGUAAUGAAUGUGGAAAAUCCUUUUACUGUAAGUCAUUCCUAACUAUACAUCAGAUAACUCAUGCUGGCAAAAAACCGUAUGAAUGUAAUGAAUGUGAGAAAACCUUUAUCAAUAAGUUAAACCUUGAGAUACACAAGAGAACUCACACAGAGGAAAGACCCUAUGAAUGUAAUGAAUGUGGAAAAACCUUUCAUCAGAAGUCAAAUCUCGGCACCCAUCAGGGAACUCACACAGGGGAGAAACCUUAUGUAUGUAAUGAAUGUGGAAAAACCUUUCAUCUCAAGUCAUUCCUCACCGUACACCAGAGAACUCAUGGGAAAAACCGUAUGGAUGUAAUGAAAGUGGAAAAACUUUUUGUCAGAAAUCAUACCUUAUUAUACAUCAGAGAGCUCAAAGUGGGGGAAAAGCCUAUGAAAGUAAUGAAUGUGGAAAAUCCUUUCAUCAGAAGGCAAAUCUUCAGAUGCAUCAAAGUAUUCACAUGGGGUAGAAACACUAUGAAUGUAGCGAAUUUGGAAAAACCUAGUCAGAAGUCAGUCCUCACUGUACAUCAUAGAACCCAUACUGGAAAAAAACCUUACAAAUGUAAUGAGUGUGGGAAAACCUUUUGUCACAAGUCAAACCUCAAUACGCAUCAGAGAACUCACUCCGGAGAGAAACCCUAUAAAUGUGAUGAAUGUAGGAAAACUUUUUGCCAUAGGACAGUUCUCACUGUACAUCAGAGAACUCACACAGGUGAGAAGCUAUUUGAAUGUAAAGAAUGUAGGAAAACCUUCUCCCAGAAGUCAAAACUCUUUGUACAUCACAGAACUCACACAGGGGAAAAAUAUUUUAGAUGUAAUGAAUAUAGGAAAACUUUCUCCCAGAAGUCAGGCCUUGGUAUACAUCAGAGAACACACACAGGAGAAAAACCUUAUGAAUGUAAGGAAUGUGGGAAAACCUUUUGCCAGAAGUCACACCUCAGCAGGCAUCAACAAACCCAUAUAGGAGAAAAAUCUGACGUAGCUGAGGCAGGCUAUGCGUUCCCUCAAAAUCACUCUUUUUUCCCUGGAACACACAACCUACACGUCUCUGGCUACUAUUAUAGAUUUCUCCACGCUCAGUCUAGGAGAAUAUGGCCACAAAUGGUGACCAUUACCUCCUGGCCUACCAACAAGAAUGUCUUAACCAUGCUGUAAGAGAUGUGCUAUCAUGCAGGCUUUCUUGUUCCCAUUUUUACAGCACACUUCACACUUUAAUGUCACAGAUAUGGCUG